AUGAAAUCGAAAUCAAGGGAGUAUAGGAAUGUGUUCGUUAGAAUAAAUACUUGCCCAUUUCGGGUGCUGGGCAGAGCUAGGGAUCUCUACGCCAGAAGCUUGACGGAGUGCACCACCAGGGCCAGCCACAACACCCGCCGCCGCGUCCCUUACCACCCCAGCCAGUACAAUUCCCAACCCUCCAGCCUCAGCGUCGCCUCCUCCAUGUGA